UUCAGUAGUGAAUUAAGAAGAGAUCUUCAUAUUCCAGAGGAAAAAGGAAACAAAUAUGAACUCACAAAGAUCAAAUGAUGCAAAUAUCAUCUACCCACUCCAAGAAAUGUAAGAGUUUUGUCCAGGGCAUCUUGCUGCAACUAAGCAGACUAAGUGAUGUCUUGCCCCAAAAUUAAAACCCUUUGGCUGAGUAGUUGUUGUAGUGUAACUGUAAGUGUUGAUCCACAGGGAGGUUAUAUUAAAUCAACAAAAAGAGUUCUCACAAUGAAAAACUAAAUUUGUUUUACACUGACCAGAGGUUGGAACCUGAUCACAGGGUGUGGAAUCCCUCAUGCUACUGUCCAUCCUUUUGCAUUGACCAGGGGUUGGAACCUGAAAAACAGGUUCCAACUCCUCAUUAACACUUCAACUUCAUGAACUUUGCUCCUUAAUAAAAAAUGGAGAAAAUCCCACUUGAGCCUUCAAACUUCUAAAUUUGAACCUUGGACCCUCAUCUUUCUGGCUCUUUGCAUUCUCUCCAUUUAAUUAUCAAACCUUCAAUCAUAAAAAAUUUGCACAACAUAAGUAGAAUGAACACUUAUGAAAUUACUUGUAAAAAAAUACAACUCUUAAGCCCAUAAUUCCACAAAUGCUAAUGGUUAAACACACUUUAAAUAUACAUUUUCAUGCUUUCAUCACAACCCCCAACCAGCUUAUUGCUACUCUCUAGCAAUACAAGCGUGAAUUAAAAAAGAAAGCAUGUUGAUUAACUCAAAUGGAUAUCUAACAAGACUACCUAUGUAAUUGGAAAAAGAUCACAGUUGCUAUCAAGAUUACUUCAAUUAUAACUUCCAAAAGUGUGUGUGAACUAAGCAUAACCUUCAUACCACAAACCACAACAUAUAUAGCCUUGAGAAUUAAUCAAAGUAAAAGCCUCAACUCCAUAUCCUCACACGAUGGUAACUGUUUAAGGCAAAGGAUUUCUCUCAUGGAGUUGGAAAGCAGCAAGUCACUCAAAGGAAAAGGUCAAAUUUAACAGACAAUCAUACUAACAACCAUUGAUUAGAAGAUACGUUAAUUAGCUAUUCAAAAUUCCACUACUGUUAGUAUAAACUAGCUUCAGGAUU